AUGCUUGGCUGUAUCAGCGAGGAGUGGCGCGCGUCCUCUUCCACCGUUCCGCGCUACCUGAUCACCUUUAAACUGGAGACGGAUGAGGAGACGCUGAAGAAAAAGGCGCCGGAAAACCUCAUAAAGUACAGCUGCGACGCGGUUGUUGGAAAUCUGCUGCAGAACUACCAAGAGCGAGUGCUGGUGUACUGGCGGGGCGAAGAGCAUAGACCGAUCCCGUUGCGGCGGCCCGAGUUCGGCUUCAUUGAGGAUGUUAUGGUGGACAUGUUCGUGAAGCACAUCGAGAGCGAAACAAAAGAGACAAUGGUCCAGAUUCAGUAG